GUAGACCGCAUCUUUUUGUGCGUUUAAUCGAGUUGUCCUUUGUUGUCAGAUUUUCGGAUGAGAAAAAUGAAACGCAAGGCAAAUGUUUCGGGAAUUGGAGCUAACUUCACGGAACGUCUCGUCAUCACUUUACGCGAGUCCAUUACCAUGUCAGCUGAUUGUCAUAAUUCGAACAAAUUGCAGAAACUGAAUCGGUUUUGCGUGAACGACUGAAAGAACAAUUAGGCAGAAAAUGCAGAGUAGUGCAAAAUUCGAAGCGGCCGCCGGCGCUUUUAACGUGGCUUUCAAACAUCGCCGUUGGGUUGUGUCGGGUCUCGAAUAUCUCGGCGAAUUCCCCUCUAGUAUGCGGUAGUAUCUGCUGAUUAUUUGUUGUUGACAGCUCGAAUUAAUUUGGCAUGCGAGGAAAGCCAUUUCUUUAAAAUUAUUUCUUGGACACUGCCCGCUCUAUCGUUCAAGUCGAUUCAUCGAAACUUGUUCACUGAUAUCGUCACCGAUGACACGUCCACACGUGUACACAACAUGUCUGCACGGUACGAUUAGCGUUGGCUCCCCUCACCCUCUCAGAGGACUUGGAUGAUCGCUGUCUCUUGACACUUCUUGAGAGAAUAUAGAAAUAUUUUGGAAUUAUUCGAUCAGAAGGAACAUUUGACUUGUUCAAUCAUGUUGAAGGCUGUUAUUUUAAUCGGAGGACCUUUAAAGGGAACUAGAUUUAGACCUUUAUCCUUGGAUAUCCCAAAACCAUUGUUUCCAGUAGCUGGAUUACCCAUGAUACAACAUCACAUUGAAGCUUGUACCAAAGUGCCGGGUCUCAAUGAAGUGCUGAUAAUCGGGGCGUAUCCCAAGAAUGAUCUGGCUCAGUUUGUACAGGAGAUGUCGAGUACUUAUGGCAUAGUUAUUCGGUAUUUACAGGAAUUCACACCCCUUGGAACAGCAGGUGGCAUGUAUCAUUUCCGUGAUCAAAUUCGUUCAGGCAGCCCCACAUACUUUUUUGUUAUGAACGGCGACGUCUGUGCCGACUUCCCUUUGCAAGAAAUGGUAGAGUUCCACAACAGUAAACAGGCACUGCUUACGAUCAUGGCAACUGAGGCAACUCGGCAGCAAUCGUUGAACUAUGGAUGCAUGGUUUUGGGAAAGGAGGGGGAGGUAGCACAUUACGUAGAGAAACCUUCAACGUUUGUGUCGACUCUUAUCAAUUGCGGAAUAUAUCUUGCAUCUCCAGAAAUUUUUCAAACGAUGGCGGAUGUCUUUCAUGCUAAUCAGCAACAAGAUCAUUUAAUGCAGUUGUGCUACAAUGGUAGAGAUCCAGCGCAUAUUGCAUUUGAGCAAGACAUACUGACGCGUUUAGCGGGAUCUGGCCGGUUGUUCGCCCUGCCUGUGUUCAGAUGGUGGUCGCAAGUGAAAACUGCAGGUUCUGCGAUAUACGCCAAUCGACAUUACUUGGCCCUCUACAAGCAGAAGCAGCCGGACCGCCUUGCUUCUACGAAUAAGAAUUAUUGUCAUAUUAUAGGAGAUGUGUACAUUCAUCCAUCGGCUUCUGUACAUCCGACUUCUGUGCUAGGUCCAAAUGUGAGUAUAGGACCAAGUACGAUGAUAGAACCUGGCGUGAGAAUCAGAGAGGCGAUCGUACUGGGUAAAGCGCAUAUUCAGGCCCAUUCCCUUAUUCUACACAGCAUCAUAGGGACAGGCACCAGCGUAGGUGAAUGGUCACGUGUCGAGGGGACUCCGUGCGAUCCCAAUCCUAAUAAGCCAUUUGCAAAAAUGGAGAACUUGCCGCUGUUUAAUGUCAAUGGCAAACUGAAUCCUUCUAUCACGAUACUUGGUACCAGUGUGAGCUUGUCUGCAGAAAAAAUUCUACUGAAUUCGAUCGUCCUACCGCAUAAGGAACUUACAAGAAACUACAAGAACGAAAUUAUUCUUUAGUUGUUUAACACUGCCGCUAUGGAAUUAGAACACCGUUAAUGAUUUAUAUUUUAAUGAAAGAGUCGCACAAAUAUAAAUAACAUUAAAUAUAUCUAUAUAUACUUUUCAGAAACUUUCUGUCGAAUUGUGAUUAAAAAUCUUUAAUAAUUUUGUAAUAUAAAAUUAAUACAAGAUUUUUAUAUACAUUGUAUACAAAUAUCAUGUGGCAACUAUAAGCUAUGUACAUAGGCCAGUGGCAACGCACAAAAAUUUUUACAAUAUACAGGCUUGUAUAUAUUAUAUUUCGUCUACACAUCAAAAAUUAUUACUUCGUAUUUUCGUAAGUACAUGAAUAAAUCUUUCAUCUGUAAAUUUUUAUUCUUGUUAAAAAUUACAUAUACGUGCGCAUGUCGCGAGACGCCGUGCGGGAUUGAAUGCGACGGAACGAAGUCCCCCGAGCCUCGCAUCAGCGCUCUUGUGGUAUCGAGGUGAUCGGUACGCGGGAGGAAGAAUAACCGGAAAAAAAAUCUCUGACGAAGAAGCCGCGGUACAAGCCGCCUAAGGUGAGGCUCGCUCUUGCGUUCCUCACCGGCGGCGCCAGGUGUUUACGGCAGCUGUAAUAGUGUAUGCGAGUGAGGAAAAGAGAAAGAGAGAAAGAGAAAAGAGGAGAGUCGAGAAGAGCGAUGUGUACGUGUGAGACAGCCGCAUUGAAUUGCACUGAAUCAACAGGUAGAUCGGUAUGCGUGGGACGUCUUACGCGCGUUCUUUCGCCGUGGCGCCGAGAUUCGCCGUGGUCUCUUGCGAAAGAUGCAGCGCGCAAACGAACGCGAGACACCAUGACGGAUCUUAGAAAGUUUUAGGGGACGUCAAUCGAGAUCGGCAGCCAAAUAGCAGCGACUAGAAGGAGGACUGAGGAGGAGGAGGAGGAGGGAGCGGCGCUCCAGGUGGAAACGCGCGUUCUCCAAACGUGUGCUCUGCGGCGAAAUUCCACGCAUACCAAAGUCGCUGAUCCAGCUUCCCCGCGAGCGGCGGUGGCGGCGGCGACGGCGGCUGCGGCGGCGGCGGCAGCGUCCUCCGGAUCGGAAGAGUGAUUUUUGUGAUCGCCGCUCUCGUCAAUGACACGCGCGGAAUGCGCUGAGCGAGCGCGCGAUCCCACGCUGCGCGCUAUACGCGCCGACAUUGUUGCGCGUCCACCUCGUUGCGCCUGGCCUUUUAAAAAUCUGUUCGUGCGCGUCCCGACGUCGUGAGUGAGGUGUCGUAGGUGCGUUUUGAAUGCGGGCGCAGGGCGAACGCGAAUCCUGCGACGUCGUGAGAGCGGACGUUCAGUUUGACCCCCCGGCGUAUAACGGACAAAUGAAUCCACUUGUGACAUUGAAUGUCGUGACUUGUUUAUAGCCGUCUUAACACGAAAUUCUUGUUGGAAGAGGAGAGUGGAUUCAGAUAAGUGAAAUAAAAAAUUGCUAAAUAUUCCAAAUGGGC